AUGCUGCGUCAUUAUAAUACCAUCAAAGUCAAAGAAUUGCGCGAUGGGGUGGUGUUAAUCCAACUAAACCGCCCUAAGAAACUCAAUUCCCUAUCGGAACAAUUGACCACGGAAUUACUCACCGAACUCCAAAGAUUGGACUCCGAGCCUUUGAAAUAUGGUUGUGCCAUCAUCACCGGGAACUCCAAAGUGUUUUGUGCUGGGGCUGACAUCUCCGAACUUUAUAGGAAAGGUGGUGCCAACACCAACGGCCAGAACCAACUGCUGCCAAUCCAAUGGGCCACUGCGUUACCACAUAUUCAGAUCCCAAUUAUUGCUGCCGUGGAUGGGUUCUGCUUGGGUGGUGGGUGUGAAUUGGCGAUGAUUUGUGAUAUUAUUUAUAGCACCAAGCAGGCCAAGUUUGGACAACCAGAAAUUAAGAUCGGGGUGAUCCCUGGGGGCGGCGGUACUCAAAGACUCUCUAAAGCCAUGGGGAAGUCUCGGGCCAUGGAAUUGAUCAUGACGGGAGAGCCAUUCACUGCCCAAGAAGCAUUUGAUAGUGGUUUAGUGUCCAGAUUAUUCGAUGAUAAUGAGAAAUUGCUCCAAGGCGCCAUAGAUACCGCGUUGAAAAUUAGCAGAGGUCCAAGAAAGGCGGUGGUGGCAGCUAAGCAAGCAGUGCUUGCUGGAUACAAUAAGGGGUUGGACGACGGAGCAGAGUUUGAAAGAGAUAGUUUUAUUGGAUUGUUUUCCACUUAUGAUAAAAAAGAAGGAAUGACAGCGUUUCUUAAAAGAAGACCACCAGUGUUUGAAUGGAGAAAUAAGGGGAUGAAAUUGUAA